UUAACAAAUUUCAAGUAUUUAGAAAAUUACCCAAAAAAUCGCAAAAAAAUAUAUAUAUAUAAAUAUCCAAAAAGCCGGAUAUUUUGAACGCGUUAAAAAAUGUUAGAAAUUUUAACAAAAUUUUUGAGAUACAAGCAAGUUGCAUUGCUGUUGCAUUUGCAUUGUUGAAGGAAUUACAAAAAAUAAAAAAACGGAAGUCCUGUUUAUAUAUAGACAAAUCGCUAAUAUAUAUCUAUCUAUAUAUCGAAUCGAAUCGAAUCUGAAUAGCCAGCGGCAACAAUUCCUGCCAUGUUAAUCACUUGAUAUUUAUUGUGUGUGUGUGUUUAUUUAUUUUUUCUCUAUUUCUGUUUCCUUUUUUGCAUUUGCUAAGAAAAAAGAACACUUUUUUGGAAUACUGCACAAAAUAGACGAUUUCGCAAUUUCUUUUCUUUUGGCCCAUUGAACACACACGAUCAAAAAAAAAAAAUAUAAAAUCGAAUAAAAUAAAAUAAAAUUCUCUAUAUACAUAUAUAAAAAAUCAAAAUCACAUAUAAAUAAGAGUAUAUAGUAAAUACGUAAUAGAUAUAUAAUAGAUCAAGCAAGAAGUACGAAGCAAGAAGCAAGAAGGCGACAACAUCAAUAAAAAAAUAUAUAAAUUCAUUUUUCAGUUGGUUGCCAUCACGCUGCAACCAAAGUUAAAGGCAACAAGACGGCUACAACAACAACAAGAACACCAAGCACAAGGCCAGCGACAGUGGCAGCGAGAAGGCUGGCAACAAGUCAACACCAAAGGCAUCGGCGCCACUGGAGCCAUCAUCAUCAUCAUCAUCGGCGGCAGGACAAUGCGGAUAUGUGGUCCAAUCGCCUGUUACCGCUGCUGCUGCUGCUGCUGCUGUUCCAAUUCACAUGCUUGCCACAUGCCACACUCGCGAUGGCCACGAUUGCAGCCACAGCUCACGGUGGCCUAACCGUAAUCGAGGGUUCCAGCACCACCACCACCACCACCACCAUCAUCAGUCGCAGUACAAGCACAACCUCCCCAUCACCAUCUCCAACCCUCUCUUCUUCGUCAUCAUCGUCUUCGUCGUCGUCGUCGUCGUCUUCCUCGUCGUCUGUAGUCUUGGCUGGACUUGCGCGCAAGCGACAUCGCAAGCGCAACAGCAGCUGGGAUGAUUAUCGCAAUUACAAUGAGAAUACCACGGCUCUCGAGUGGAUGAAUCCUUGCGGCGGAUCACACAUUCCGCCCACAUAUCACGCCACAUCCACGGCCAAUCAGCGACGUCGCGCCCAUCGUCCCAAGGAGAUCUUCAAAAUACUGCAGCGCAAUGCUGGCACGGAAUACCGCACGCUUAACAAUAGCCACGAUCACAAGGGCAUCGAUAUACGGGAUAUGCAGAUGUGGUCGCUGCACAAUCCCAACUACAAGUUUUUGCCCAAGCUCAAGCCCAAUUCAACGAUCGCUUUGAAGCGUUGGUAUCGCAACAUGCAGACUUAUGUGGCCAGCUUUGCUUACUUGCGUCGCAUCCAGAUCAGUUGGGAUCGUCAUUACUUGAAGCGCGAGUCGCCGAUGGCCAAGGAGCUGAGGGAUCUAUUGAUCAGCUCACGGAGCAUGCUCUGUGAACUUGAGACGGCCGUUAACAACACGUAUCCGGCGAUGGCGCCGGGCCGGUCAACAUCGAUGAAGCAGCAACGUCGCCAAACGCCGCAGUUGCCGCAAAUAUCGCGCAGCGAUAUGAACAAACGUCUCAAGCUGCGCAGCAAGCGUCGUCCAGGUGCUGCCGCUGCAGUGGCAGCAGCAUCAACUGCAACACUUGCAACCACAGCGAGUGCAAGUGCAGCGGCAACAUCGACCAUGCAAUUGGUGGAAGCCGAUGCGAUUGAUGUGCGAUUUGUGAAGCAUCAUUAUUAUGAAUUUCUGCGCACCAUGUGGCAGCUGCUGCGACGCGACAGCAAGCGUGUGCGUCAGCAGCGACGCCAGCGCAGCCAGCAGCAGCGGCAGCGACAGCGCCAACAGCUGCAGCAGCAGCAGCAGCAGCCAUCACAGUCGUCGCAGCAACAACAGCUGUGGCAGCAGCAACAACAACAACAGCAGCAGCAGCAGCAACGGCAACGGCAGCAGCAGCGGUUGCAGCUUUCGCAGCUGGCUGCCAAUAAUGCUGGCGGCGGCGGCAACCGCAAAGAGUUCAAUGAGGUCUCCAAACCGUCGCUCGAUGCCAGCUCAGCAUCGCAGUCAGCUGCAACCUCAGCUUCAGUCUCGGGCAGACGUGGACGUGGCAAGCGCCACCAGCAGCCAUCAACGUUGUCAUCCUCAUCAUCAUCAUCAUCAUCGUCAUCUGCGUCUGCGUCAAAGUUAACGUCAGCGUCAGCGUCAGCGUCUCUGUCUGCAUCAGCGUCGCCGCGUGCUGCGCACGUGAAAAACACACAAAACAAACACAAGUGACAAACGGAACAACAACAACAACAACAAAAAAAUAAGAAAAAAAACAGGAAAAGACAAUCUUAAAUAUUAUUAUUAUGUAUAUUCCACCAAAACGCAAUCCCAAGCUUGCCUAGUUUAAGUAAAUUAUUUGAUGGAGUUUUCAAACAAAGUCGCUCCACUUCUCUCUCUCUCUCUCUCUCUUUACCUCACACCCACCCGCAAAUUAUUCCCC